UCUCCCGCACAUUCGAGCCGCAUGAAUUAUGUAAAAUCGAAAACAGCGCGAAUUUCAAUACAAAGACACACGCGUCCGCGGGAAUCAAUUAUUUAGUUUAUUCAUAAGUACUAUCAUAUAGUCAGAACAAUCACAUCUGCGAUCUGCGAUCUGCAACAAUGCAGCCGAGUGCCUUUCACAAGCUCUUACUACUGCUGCCACUCGCCUAUCAGCAUACAUCAAAUGAUCACAAGGAGGAAUCGCAUUGGAAUUACGAGACGAACGGACAGAACUGGGGAGGAGUUUGUUCUGCGGGGGAAAGACAGUCACCCAUUUCACUAAACGUUCAAAAAUCGCUAAUCGUCCCACUGCCGCGGAUCGUAUUCGGAAACUAUGACGUAAAGCUGAGGGGACCGAUCACCCUGCUCAAUAAUGGACAUACAGCUCACGUGGAGAUACCAGAAACUGCAAACGGCAACCGACCCUUCAUAACCGGCGGUCUGCUCAAAGGCAGAUAUGUGGCCGAGGCAUUCCACUUCCACUGGGGAUCCCCAAGUUCCCGCGGUUCCGAGCACUCCAUCAACCAGCAGCGCUUCGACGUGGAAAUGCACAUUGUCCACCGAAAUGCAAAGUACAAAGACAUCGAUGAGGCGAAGAACAAGAAAGAUGGCAUCGCUGUUAUUGGAGUCAUGCUGAAAAUCGUAAAGAAUCCCAAUCGCAUAUUUCCCGGAUUGAGCAAAGUAAUGGCUGCACUGCCUCGAGUUACCAAGUACAAGGCGAAGACGACCAUUCCGGGUGGACUGAGUCUGGGCCAGAUGCUUGGAAACUUGAAUCCCCGCGACUUCUUCACCUAUCGCGGAUCCCUGACCACGCCCCUUUGCGAGCAGGCCGUCACCUGGACGGUGUUCUCCCAGGUGCUGCCCGUGCCCUACUCGUCGGUGUCGAAGUUCUGGAAGCUGCGCGACUCCGAGGGGCACAGGCUCAUCAACAAUUUCCGGGACAUCCAGCCGCGAAAUGGACGCCCAGUGUUCUACAGGGUGGGAAAGGAUCUGAGUGGUGCCUACCUGGGCAAGUGA